AUGAAUCGUUGUCGAGUCCAUCAUGAACAUGACAGUUUUUCCUGUUCCAGUUGUGUAGAAACACAGGACAGAAAUCGCUGGAAUCCUCAGAAUCAAUAUCGAAGUAGAGUUAUUCGUAACCAAAGAAAGGGUGCUGGUUCGAUCUUCACAUCCCACACUCGUUUGAGAAAGGGUGCUGCCAAGUUGAGAACCUUGGACUAUGCUGAGCGUCACGGUUACAUCCGUGGUGUUGUCAAGCAGAUCAUCCACGACCCAGGUCGUGGUGCUCCAUUGGCCAAGGUUGCCUUCAGAGACCCAUACAAGUACAAGUUGCGUGAGGAGAUCUUCAUUGCCAACGAAGGUGUCUACACCGGUCAGUUUAUCUACGCCGGUAAGAAGGCCUCUUUGAACAUUGGUAACGUUUUGCCUUUGGGUUCUUUGCCAGAAGGUUCCAUCGUUUCCAACGUUGAGGAGAAGCCAGGUGACAGAGGUGCUUUGGGAAGAACUUCCGGUAACUACGUCAUCAUCAUUGGUCACAACCCAGAUGAAGGCAAGACCAGAGUCAAGCUGCCAUCCGGUGCCAAGAAGAUCAUCUCUUCUGACGCCAGAGGUGUCAUCGGUGUCGUUGCCGGUGGUGGACGUGUUGACAAGCCAUUGCUGAAGGCCGGUAGAGCGUUCCACAAGUACAAGGUUAAGAGAAACUCUUGGCCAAAGACCAGAGGUGUUGCCAUGAACCCUGUCGACCAUCCUCACGGUGGUGGUAACCAUCAACAUAUCGGUAAGGCCUCUACCAUCUCCAGAGGUGCCGUUCCAGGUCAAAAGGCUGGUUUGAUUGCUGCCAGAAGAACCGGUUUGCUGCGUGGUACCCAAAAGACUCAAGAUUAA